UUUCCGAAGCCAGAUAUGAUAGAAUCCAGCAAUCCUAUUGAUGAUGUAAAUAAAUGGAAAAAGGAUGGACAUUCGACGAGUAAUGAAUCCGACAGCGAGACAUUUGAACUUGAUUCUAUAAAUGCUUCAAUUACACAGACAAAUCAGGAUGAUAGGCCAUCUAACCAGAACGAAUUGCUGAGUAGUGAAUCCGAAAGCGAUCUAAUUGAAAUUGAUCAUAGAAAAUCAAAUUUUCCAAAAAAUUUGAAAAAACCGUUUUAUGCUUAUGAAAAAGGGAGCACAUCGAAUACUGAGGAAAUUGAGGAGGAGAAUGUGCAUACAAAAGAAGAAGGAGAUUGGGAAACCUCCGACAAAAGUAAAAAAGUAAAUCAAGGAACACCUAUUACAAAGAAAAAUGAAGCGGGAGAACAAAAAGUUGCUAAUUCAAGUCAUAUAUCUGACAAGAAUAUUCCUCAUCAACAUUCUCAAGCUCGACUUCGUGGUGCUCAACCGGACAUAGUUGAUGACAAAGGGUGGUCAUGUAAACCUAAAACCGUAAAAUCCAACAAGAAAAAAGAAAGGAAGCAACACAAGCAACCUGAAAAAACCGAAGGUACUAUGAAAGAUCUAAUCGAUCAGGAUAAACCUAAAUCUAGCAUUAAAUCAAAGCGAUGGCUUAAAUUAUUAGCUUGUAAUUAG